UCUGGUUGGGGGCGCUCCCGUCCUUCUCCCUGCCCCACCCCCGCCGAUGGGCCGGCCCGGCUCUCCCUGCCGAGAAAUGGGCCGGCCCGGCGGCGCGCGGGCAGCGGCGGCGGCGGCUCAAGAUGGCGGAGCUGCAGCUGGACCCGGCUAUGGCGGGGCUGGGAGGGAGUGGCGGGAGCGGGCUGGGCGAUGCGGGAGGCGCGGGCCGCGGACCCCCCAGUCCUCGCCCCGCCGGCCCCACGCCCCGCGGGCACGGCCGUCCGCCCGCAGCAGCCGCGCAGCCGCUGGAGCCCGGUCCCGGACCGCCCGAGCGGGCAGGGGGCGGCGGCGCGGCCCGCUGGGUCCGGCUGAAUGUGGGCGGCACCUACUUCGUGACCACCAGACAGACCCUGGGCCGGGAGCCCAAGUCUUUCCUCUGCCGCCUCUGCUGCCAGGAGGAUCCGGAGCUGGACUCGGACAAGGAUGAAACAGGAGCCUAUCUGAUUGACAGAGAUCCCACCUACUUUGGUCCUAUCCUAAACUACCUCCGACACGGGAAACUCAUCAUCAAUAAGGAGUUGGCAGAAGAAGGUGUCCUGGAAGAAGCAGAAUUUUACAACAUCGCAUCUCUUGUGCGGCUGGUUAAGGAAAGGAUACGGGACAAUGAGAACAGAACUUCACAAGGUCCCGUGAAGCACGUAUACAGAGUCCUGCAGUGUCAAGAAGAAGAGCUUACACAGAUGGUCUCCACUAUGUCUGAUGGUUGGAAAUUCGAACAGCUAAUCAGCAUUGGAUCUUCCUAUAACUAUGGAAAUGAGGAUCAGGCAGAAUUCCUCUGUGUUGUCUCCAGAGAACUAAAUAAUUCUACCAAUGGCAUCGUCAUAGAGCCUAGUGAGAAGGCAAAGAUUCUUCAGGAGAGAGGAUCUCGGAUGUAAACUAAGAAUUGGAAACUCCCGAAUCCUAAACGUCCAGAGAGCAAUCUGGCAGAGCACCUCUCUGAAGUUCAGUCUUGCUCCUGUACAGUAACCGAGCUACUGCAAAGCCAAGCCGAGCCUGGUCCCCGUGGAGAAGUGUCCUGGUCAAAACCAAAGGCCCCACCCCACCCCCAUCCUCAGGAAUCCGAAGACAGAUGUGAAUUCUGGCUGCAGAGUACCUUUUCAGAAACCUGCUUUUGUUUUCUUAGCCAGCAUUAUAACAAAUCUUUUCAUAGCAGCUGGGCCGGAUUCCCAGUUGGAGCCUUUAUGGGGAUCUGGGGGAAGGGGAAGAGGAAGGCCCAGCUCCUUAAAAAUGGCUCAUACUUCAAGGAAGCUGGAGCAAAUGAAAGAGGAUUUAUCCCUGAGCUGUGCCAUGUUUUCACCCCCAGGUGUGCCAAGUCGGACAUUUGCAGCUGCUUUGUAACACUCUCUUUCCCCUCCUCUGUGGCUCCCUAAAAAUAAUGCAGCAGAUGCAAAGAUUCUAGCUUCAGUUUGUCUAAUUGAAUUGAGGUUUUGGAUCAAGGAUAGAGUUGCCCGGAGUACCCCAUAUUCCUCUGAACAGAAGCCUCUUUGAGGUGGGGGGGAUGGGGUGUUCUCUGUCUCUAGGUCUUCGUUGUGGUUGGAGGUUGGCGGUUGCUGCUCUUGAACUGGGGCACUCAGCCCCUACCAUGUUCAGCUUUGCCUCCUUUGUCUCCGCAGCCUGACCCUCCACAGAGCUUGCUUUCUCUCCAAGAAGACGUCCCAGGCAGGCUCCAUCCUGCUCUGAGUCAGAUGCACGGGAGUUUUAGUUAGUUGGCGUAACUGCUUCUGCAGCCUUUCCUCGUCUCCCAUUUACCCAGUCUUUCUUCCCUCUCCUUUUAAUCUGGAACAAGGAAAAGGGGACUUUUUAGAGCCUCUGAUGGCUGGUGGUGGGGAAGGCUGUUUCUUGGAAAGUUGCCAAAUGUGUUAUGUUGUAUCCAAAAGUAUUAUUUCUGUGAUUGUCUCUUGGAAAUGCCUUGACUGAGUGUGCGAUAUUUUGUUCCUCUUCUUGGUUUUCUAACCUUGGCAAACCUGAUCCACAGUGAUAUCAACAACUUUGUAUCGUCCCCAGUAGUGCGUGUGCAUUUGCUAGGCAGUCCAAGGGCUCGCUGCACCUCCAGCCCCACUCCUUCAUUAUCUUACGACUUUCUGUGGAGUGCCACGUUGUCGAGGAUUGAGUGCUUGUUUGACCAAAGCUGAACGAUUACUUUGGUGCGGCUGAAACGGGAAACGCUUCUUUGUGCUGUGACCACAGAGCUUGGAUCUGGACUUUCUUUUUGAGCUUUUGAGUUUCGAUGAGCAGCCAGGAAAUGCAAAAGGGCCAGAAAUCCUUGUUGUCUGGACAAUUCUCAAUAGUGUGGCACAUUGGACAGAGGUGUAGACGGUGCCUCUGGCGGAUGCUCCAUCUGUAAGAGGCCACGACUUCAGGCCGGCCACUUGUGGUAGCUGCAGGGCUGAGGUUCUCUGCGCUGCACAGCUCCACCACUUCCUAGGAGGCUCUAGGGUGGUAAUGUUUACAGAUGGCUGUGGACUGCGCCAAGUGUCUUUUGAGCUUGUAUCCUGGCCAUGCCUAAAUGGCUUGACUCUUCCCCAACAUUCUCGCUUUUUUCCUUAUUUUCUAUAUCUAGAUAGUAGGAUAGAAAUGGGAGUACCUAAGGUACAGGGUGUCAGCUGACACUGUAUGUCCACACACCCAUGUGAGAAUACAUGCCAAUGCCUCCAGAGUCUGGCCCGGGGCCCAGUUUUGUCACAGCCGUAAAUGAUCGAUGAGCUUUUACCCUUAGUAACAGCAAAAAGGUUACAGGCAUCCAUCCUGUCAUAUCUUUCAGGGAAAAAAAAAAAGAUUGGGAUAUAGUCAAGGAAAAGUAAAGAAAAUGGGAAGAACUUCGGUGACCAGAGAGGACAGGACUUCGGAAGAGGUGCUCUUUGGCCAAUUGGGCUAAUAGGGAACACACGACUGCCCAAAGAAAGAGCAGCUUCAUUUGGGGCCUGUGGCCGUCACCCUAGUUGCUUUAGGCCCCUUGUCCUUCUGCCUAGACUCAGCCUGGGCCAGGGCCCAGGGCUGGGACAGACACCUCUGGACCCAACCCCGGCCUUUUUACCAAAUUCGGCAGGAAGGAGAGAGGGGGGCUGGAGGACUGACAUCGGGCAAGUGCCUCAUGAACACAUCUGUCUUUUCAUUUAUCUUUUCAGAAUUCCACAGUUGAUCCUGUAAAAAGACUGCUGUUGUGCCCCAAACUAAGUGCUCUGUGAAUCAAUUAAAUGUUAUUUCUACUCUCUUAGAGGGCUGGUUUCACCAAAUUUCUCUCCUCACUGCAACCCAAUGACAAUUUAAAUUGUUCCAAUGUUCCAGGAAUCUGAGACUGACUCAUUUCUUGAGGUUUCUGGGAAAGCAUUUUACCCAAGCUUACAAGCCUUCUCCCCAGCAAAGUCUGGCUGAUAACCUCAGAGAGAGUUCUUCCCAUCAGUUUGGAGGUGUCACAUGGCCAGUGGCCCAGUCUCUCCAGCUGCCCAGUACUGCCAAGUGGGGAGCAGCUUCCUGCCUUUUUCUCUGCCCUGGGUCCAAGGCCCAGGAGCAGCCUGGCAUCUCCAGAGGGACGACAAGUAGCUCCGCUUCUCUUUUCCUCAGAGCCCAGUCUUUUUCCUUGGUAGUGAGGUGGGGCCCAGCUUCCUCUAAAGUGACUUCGUUCCUGCACAGUUUUAACUGACCUCAGGGGUGUCAGUGAGGUAUGGAGAGGAAGGGCUAGAGAUGCCAGGGGAGGGGGCCAAGAGGACACACAUGCUCUCCAGCAUGGCCCUCGACCCAGAGGCCCGGGGCCAAGCCUCUCACUUGUUGGUGCCCUUUGCUGUCGUCUCCAUGUUUGAAUAAAGUCUGAAAUGCUGUAACUUUCUUUUUUGUCAAUAAAGACAAUGAAACAAA